AAGGGAGGAGGCCGCAGCUGCUGCACCAGCAGCAGCAGCAGCAGGAGGAGGAGGAGGAGGAUUGAGGAUGGCGACCGUGCUGGUGGAAACCGAGUCGGAGCCGUCCUGUAGCCUCCCCACCCCGCUGGCCACCUCCCCCAGCCUCUCGCACCGCUUCCUGGACAGCAAAUUUUACCUGCUGGUGGUCAUCGGGGAGCUGGUGACCGAGGAGCACCUGCGGAGGGCCAUCGCCAACGUCGAGCAAGGAAUCCGAUCAUGGGACACAAAUCUGAUUGAGUGCAACUUGGACCAAGAACUGAAACUUUUCGUGUCACGUCAUUCAGCACGAUUUUCUCCUGAAGUUAGAGGACAGAAAAUCCUGCACCACCGAAGUGAUGUCUUAGAGACGGUGGUCCUGAUCAACCCUUCGGAUGAAGCCGUCAGCACCGAGGUGCGCUUGAUGAUCACAGACACCGCCAGGCACAAGCUUCUGGUGCUCACCGGACAGAGCUUUGAGAACACAGGGGAACUGAUCCUCCAGUCGGGGUGCUUCUCCUUCCAGAACUUCAUCGAAAUCUUCACCGAUCAAGAGAUCGGAGAACUGCUGAGCACCACCCAUCCCGCCAACAAAGCCAGCCUGACUCUCUUUUGCCCCGAGGAAGGGGACUGGAAAAACUCUAACCUGGACCGACACAACCUGCAAGACUUCAUCAACAUCAAGCUCAACUCGGCUUCCAUCUUGCCGGCGAUGGAAGGGCUGUCAGAGUUCACCGAGUACCUGUCGGAGUCGGUGGAGGUGCCGUCGCCUUUCGACAUCCUGGAGCCCCCGACGUCCGGCGGCUUCCUGAAACUGUCCAAGCCGUGCUGCUACAUCUUCCCCGGGGGCCGGGGGGACUCGGCCCUCUUCGCCGUCAACGGCUUCAACAUGCUGAUCAACGGCGGGUCGGAGAGGAAGUCCUGCUUCUGGAAGCUGAUCCGGCACCUGGACCGGGUGGACUCCAUCCUGCUGACCCACAUCGGGGACGACAACCUGCCGGGCAUCAACAGCAUGCUGCAGCGCAAGAUCGCCGAGCUGGAAGAGGAGCAGUCCCAGGGCUCCACCGCCAACAGCGACUGGACCAAGAACCUCAUCUCCCCGGACCUGGGCGUGGUGUUCCUCAACGUCCCGGACGCCCUGAGGAGCCCCGACCCCAACGUGCGGAAGAAGAGGAGCCUGGAGGAAGCCUGCUUCACCCUGCAGUACCUGAACAAGCUGUCCCUGCGGCCCGAGCCCCUCUCCCGCAGCGCCAGCCAGCCCGUGGACCCCAUCGUACUCUUCCAGAAGAUGGGCGUGGGGAAGCUGGAGAUGUACGUGCUGAACCCGGUCAAGAGCAGCAAGGAGCUGCAGUUCUUCCUCCAGCAGUGGACCGGCAUCCCCGGGGACAAGGCCGAGCUCCUCCUGCCCAGCGGGCAGGAGGUGGACAUCCCCGUCUCCUACCUCACCUCCGUCUCCUCUCUGAUCGUCUGGCACCCGGCGAACCCCGCCGAGAAGAUCGUCCGCGUCCUGUUCCCCGGGAACAGCACCCAGUACCACAUCCUGGAGGGCCUGGAGAAACUCAAGCACCUGGACUUCCUCAAGCAGCCCACCGUCACCCAGAAGGACCUGACGGGCCAGGCCGCCAGCCCGGCGACGAAGCCGGCCAAACCGAAACAGAGGACCGACAGCCGGGAGAGCCUCCGGCCCGCUGCCCCCAAGCCCCCUCUCGGCAAGCCCCUCAGGAAGGAGUCCAAGGAGGACGCCGCCGAGCCCACCAAGGGCAGCCCCCCGGAGAAGACCCCGAAAGUGGAGAGCAAGGAAAAGACCCCGCUGAAGAAGGAGAAGCCGGCCAGGGUCGAGGCCAAGCCUCCCGCCACCGAACAGGACCUGCCGCCGGCCAGGGAGGGACCGGCCCCCGAUGCCGCCAAGCCCAAGGUCUCCAGGGAGAAGGUCGUCAAGAAGGAGGUUAAGGCGAAAGUGGAGGAAAAGAAGGAGGAGAAGGAAAAGCCAAAGAAGGAGGCCCCCAAGAAGGAGGAGAAGACUCCCGCCAAGAAGGAGGAGAAGCCCAAAAAAGACGAGGCCAAGAAGGAGGUCAAGAAAGAGGUCAAAAAAGAGGAGAAGAAGGAAGCGAAGAAAGAACUAAAGAAGGAGACUCCCCUGAAGGAAGUGAAAAAGGAAGUGAAGAAGGAGGACAAGAAGGAAACCAAGAAGGAGGAAAAGGAUGUCAAGAAGGAGAUUAAGAAACUCCCAAAAGACCCCAAGAAGUCCCCGGCCCCUGUGCCGGACGUUAAAAAACCUGUACUGAAACCCAAAGUUCCCAAGAAGGAAGAGUCGGCCAAGAAAGAGACAGCGGUGGCCGGGAAACCGAAGGAGAAGGGGAAGAUUAAAGUGGUUAAGAAGGAGACCAAGGCGGCGGCCGCGGCAGUGGCCGGGAUCGGAGCCGCCGUGACGACAGCGGCCGUGACGGCGGCCGCCACUCUUGCUGCUCCCGGCCCGGUCAAGGAACUGGAAGUGGAGCGAUCCCUCAUGUCUUCGCCGGAGGAUCUGACCAAGGACUUUGAGGAGCUGAAGGCGGAGGAGGUGGACGUGACGAGAGAAACGAAGCCUCAGCUCGAGCUGCCAGAAGGUGACAUCCUGCACGGGGAGGCGGAGCCCGUGGGGGCCUACGUCCCGCAGGAGGGCACGGAGGAGCUCAAGGGCCCCACCGAGUCCCCGGACGAGGGCAUCACCACCACCGAGGGCGAGUGCGAGCAGACACCCGAGGAGGCGGAGGUGGCGGGCGAGCCCGGGGUCGACGAGAACGAGAAAUACGAAGACGAGGGGACCGGGUUCGAAGAGUCGUCGGAAGCCGGAGACUUCGAGGAGAAGGCGGAGACCGAGGAGGCGGAGGAGCCCGCCGAAGAUGCCGACGACACCGUCGGGGAGCGGGCGACCCCGGGUGCUGCCGAGACUGGCCUGGGGGAGGCCGAGGAGGCCGAGGCGGACAGGAGGCCCAGUGUCGCGGGACACGGACCCGGCGAGGGGGGCUCCCCAGCAGGGAGCGACGAGCGCGCCGAAGAGGACAUGGACGAGACGGCAGAGAAGGAGGAGGACGAGGGGACGGAGGAAGAUGUCGACGAGGGGGCCCGGGAGGCCGAGGACGAGCCGGAGAAGGCGGAGAGCGAAGAGGAUUACGCCGCGGACGAGGCCUCCGAGGAGCAGUUUGGCCUCCGGGCCACCCCUCCAGCCAAGGAGUCUGGGGCCCCCUCCCCGGUCAGAGAGCCCGCCUCCUCCAUCCACGACGAGACCCUCCCCGGCGGCUCGGAGAGCGAAGCCACGGCGUCCGACGAAGAAAACCGCGAAGACCAGCCCGAGGAGUUCACGGCCACCUCCGGCUACACGCAGUCCACCAUCGAGAUAUCCAGCGAGCCCACGCCCAUGGACGACAUGUCCACGCCCCGAGACGUGAUGAGCGACGAGACCAACCACGAGGAGAGCGAGUCCCCUUCUCAGGAAUACGUGAACGUCACCAGAUACGAGUCCCCGCUGUACGCCCCGGAGGGCGCCAAGCCCCAGAUCCCGUCCCUCGCCGACACGUUCAACGGCUUGUCCGAGGGCUCCAAGACCGACGCCACCGACGGCAAGGAUUACAGCGUCUCCGCCUCCACCAUCUCGCCUCCGUCCUCCAUGGAGGAAGACAAGUUCAGCAGGUCAGCCCUGCGCGAGGCCUACCGCCCCGGAGACCCGGAGGGCCGGCCCGCCACGGCCCAGCUCGAGGUCCCGGACGCUUCUGCGGACAUUCCUGCCCAAAGACUCAGUCCCUCCCCGAGCCCGCCUCUCAGCCCCGUGGCCAAGACGCCCCUGGGCGAACGCAGCGUGAACUUCUCCCUGACGCCCGACGAGAUCCAGGUGCCCGCUCAGGUCGCGGCCGUCCCCGUGUCGCCCGCCGUGCGGCCCGGUCCCGUCGAGGAGGGGCGCUGCGCCAGCCCCGAGGACAAGACCCUGGAAGUGGUGUCCCCCUCCCAGUCGGUCACCGGCAGCGCCGGUCACACCCCGUAUUACCAGUCUCCCACUGAAGAGAAGUCCGGCCGCCUCCCUUCGGGAGCCGCAGAGCAGGCCGCACCCACCCCGGGGAGCCGCCAGGACGCAGGGGACGAGGCGGGCAAGCCUUCCGUCAGCCCCUUGGACGAGGCGGGCAAGCUCUCCCUCAGCCCCUUGGAUCAGUCUGGCAAGAUCUCCGUAAGCCCCUUGGACAAAGCGGGCAAACCCUCCAUCAGCCCCUUGGACGAGGCGGGCAAGCCCUCCAUCAGCCCCUUGGACGAGGCGGGCAAGCCCUCCAUCAGCCCCUUGGACGAGGCGGGCAAGCUCUCCCUCAGCCCCUUGGAUCAGUCUGGCAAGAUCUCCGUAAGCCCCUUGGACAAAGCGGGCAAACCCUCCAUCAGCCCCUUGGACGAGACGGGCAAGCCCUCCAUCAGCCCCUUGGACGAGGCGGGCAAGCCCUCCAUCAGCCCCUUGGACGAGGCGGGCAAGCCCUCCAUCAGCCCCUUGGACGAGACGGGCAAGCCCUCCAUCAGCCCCUUGGACGAGGCGAGCAAGCUCACCAUCAGCUCCUUGGACGAGGCGGACAAGUCCUCCGUCAGCUCCUUGGACGAGGCGGGAAAGCCCUCCAUCAGCCCCAUGGACGAGCCGGUCCCAGACUCGGAAUCUCCCAUCGAAAAGGUCCUGUCGCCUCUGCGCAGCCCCCCGCUGAUUGGGGCCGAGACCCCCUACGAGGCGUUCCCGAGUGACGACGCGAGGACUCCCGGUGGGCCGCUGGAAGACGGGCGCGACCACCGGGCCUCUCCUGAGCAGGGGAGCCCGCUUUCCCAAACGACACCCACCGCCCCCUUCCAGGAGAAACAGGAUGGGGAGAGCCCGGUGCCGACGGCCGACAGCCGGGAUCGGGAGCCUGAGACACCACCCCGGUCCGGACUGGUCCUGGAUGACAGAAGACUGCCGGGCGAGGCCUCUCCCACCCAGGCGGAGGUCGGCCCGUUCGGCUCCCUGAAGGAAGACACCAAAAUGUCCAUCUCCGAAGGGACCGUCUCCGAUAAGUCAGCGACCCCCGUCGACGAGGGCGUGGCGGAAGACACGUACUCGCACAUGGAAGGCGUCGCGUCCGUCUCCACGGCUUCCGUGGCCACCGGCUCCUUCCCGGAACCGACGGCCGACGACGUGUCCCCGUCGCUGCACGCCGAGGUGGGCUCCCCGCAUUCCACCGAAGUGGACGACUCCCUCUCCGUGUCCGUCGUCCAGACCCCCACCACCUUUCAGGAGGCCGAGCUGUCUCCGUCCAAGGAAGAGUGCCCCAGGCCCAUGUCCAUCUCCCCGCCCGACUUCUCUCCCCAGACGGCCAAGUCGAGGACCCCGGUUCAGGAGCACAGGUCGGAACAGUCGUCCAUGUCGAUCGAGUUCGGCCAGGAGUCCCCCGAGCCGUCGCUGGCCACGGACUUCAGCAGGCAGUCUCCCGACCGGCUGCCGGCCACGGACUUUGACAGGGAGUCUCCGGACCGGCCCGCCCUCGCGCCCGGCCUGCUCCAGAUCACGGAGAACGGGCCGACGGAAGUGGACUACAGUCCGGACCUGCUGGAGCCCGGCUACACCCACGAGACCCCCCCGGCGGAGGAGCCGGGCUGCCCGCCGGAUAACGACCUGUCGGAGCUCCUCUCCGUGUCUCAGGUGGAGGCUUCCCCCUCCACCUCGUCCGCCCACACCCCGUCGCAGAUUGCUUCCCCUCUGCAGGAUGACCUGUCACCCACCGUCCCUCCGCCCGGGGAGGCGGCCCCUUAUGCCUCUCUGGCCGCGGUGGAGGCCCAGAGCCCGGAAGGGGAGAAGUCCUCCCCCAAGUCGGACCUGUCGCCCCUGACGCCGAGGGAGACGUCUCCCCUCUACUCCCCCGGCUUUUCAGACUCCACGUUCGGGGGCCGCGAAAACACUGCCAUGGAGCACUCGCCGUCCCCGCCCCCGGGAGCCUCCUCGGCCGAGAGCUACGGCUUCCGCUCGUCGGUACUGUUUGACACCAUGCAGCACCACCUGGCCCUGCACGGCCGCCCGCCCCCGGCCGGCCCCGAGGACGACGAGACGGACGGAGCGGGCCGGGCGCCGCCCGACUACGGCUACGCCUACCAGAAGACGGAGAAGUCCGCGAGGACCCCCGACGAGGGCGGCUACUCCUACGAGAAGACCGAGCGGACCACCAGGUCCCACGAAGACGGCAGCUACUCCUACGAGACCGUCGAGAAGACCCGCCGGACCCCGGAUGACGGCGGCCUCGCCUACGAGGUGACCGAGAAGACCACCCGGACGCCCGAGGAGGGCGGAUACUCCUACGAGACCAGUGAGAAGACCACCCGGACCCCGGAGGUGGGCGGCUACACCUACGAGAAGACGGAGAGGACCACCCGGCUCCUGGACGACAUCAGUAACGGCUACGACGACUCCGAGGACGGCGGCCGGGGGCCCGUGGGAGGCUCCGGCUACUCCUACGAGACCACCGAGAAGAUCACCAGCUUCCCCGAGUUGGACAGCUACUCUUACGAGACCUCCAAGAGGACCACCCGGACCCCCGAGGCCUCCACCUACUGCUACGAGACGACGGAAAAGAUCACGCGGACUCCCCAGGCCUCCACCUACCGCUACGAGACGGCGGACCGCUGCUUCUCCGCGGACGGGAAGUCGUCCGGCGAGGCCCGCCAGGACGUCGACCUGUGCCUGGUGUCCUCCUGCGAGUACAAGCACCCCAAGACGGAACUGUCGCCCUCCUUCAUCAACCCCAACCCCCUGGAGUGGUUCGCCGGCCGGGAGCCGGAGCAGCCGCCCACCCAGUCCGGCGGGGCCCCGCCGCCCCCGGGGGGGAAGCCGCAGGGCCGACAGUGUGACGAGACCCCGCCCACCUCGGUCAGCGAGUCGGCCCCGUCCCAGACGGACUCGGACGUGCCCCCGGAGACGGAGGAGUGCCCGUCCAUCACGGCCGACGCCAACAUCGACUCCGAAGACGAGUCCGAGACCAUCCCCACCGACAGGACCGUCACCUACAAGCACGUGGACCCGCCGCCCGUCCCCAUGCAGGACCGCAGCCCUUCCCCCCGCCACCCCGACGUCUCCAUGGUGGACCCGGAGGCCCUGGCCGUCGAGCAGAACCUGGGCAAGGCCCUGAAGAAGGAUCUGAAGGAAAAGACGAAGACCAAGAAGCCGGGCACCAAGACCAAGUCUUCCUCCCCCGUCAAGAAGAGCGACGGGAAGCCCAAGCCGUCGGCCGUCUCCCCGAAGCCGGCGGGCCUGAAAGAAUCCCUGGAGAAGGCCUCCCGGGGGGCGUCGCCCAAGAAGAAGGAGGCGGCGGAGAAGGUGGCCAGGGCCGGCACCGCCCCCGAGGUCAAGGCUUCGCGCCUCGAGGAGAAGGACAAGGAGACCAAGAACGCCGCCAACGCCUCCACUUCCAAAUCGGCCAAGACUGCCGCUGCAGGAUCUGGGGCCACCAAGCCCACUAAAGCCUCGGCGGUGCCCCCGGGCCCCCCGGUGUACCUGGACCUCGUCUACAUCCCCAACCACAGCAACAGCAAGAACGUCGACGUGGAGUUUUUCAAGAGGGUCCGAUCGUCCUACUACGUGGUGAGCGGGAACGACCCGGCCGCCGAAGAGCCCAGCCGGGCUGUCCUGGAUUCCCUGUUGGAGGGGAAGGCCCAGUGGGGGAGCAACAUGCAGGUGACCCUGAUCCCGACCCACGACUCCGAAGUGAUGCGGGAAUGGUACCAGGAGACCCACGAGAAACAGCAGGACCUCAACAUCAUGGUUUUGGCAAGCAGCAGCACCGUGGUGAUGCAAGACGAGUCCUUCCCCGCAUGCAAGAUUGAACUGUAAGACCGAGGGAGCCACCCGGCCACCCCCGCUCCCCCCGUCCCCUUGUCCCCCGCCCCGCCCCUCGGAGCCACCCCGUCUCCAGAUUCACUCCGGUUCGAAGCCACCUUUUCUAAAACAUCGGCCCCUCUAAACCUACCUGCUGAACUGUUUACCUGCCCACUGCUCUACCGUGUCACCAGUCUCUAAGGGAAGUCAGUUUCCCCCACGCUAAGGUUCAAAUUCCUGCAGAACGUCAGCAUCUGGUUCGACUCCGCCGAACCCGUGGAAACCGUGCGCUAGCAGACUCGACCAACUUCUGCCAGGUAGAGGCAUGUGUCCGCAAGAAAAUGAGUGAGUGAGAGAGAGAAUGAGAGAGAACGAGAGAGCGAGGAGGGGGAGGAGGGGUGGGCCCACGUCCACCUCGGGCAAUUCGUUGCAUUGCUCACCGCAGUCUACCCGAGCGAUCGCACGCAAAGCAAGGUUUCACUCUCUGUAUCCGUACGGCCGCAGGGUCUUACCGUACUCGCGCAAGUUGGGGAGGAAAGACGAGAGGGGGGAACGUGGCACCGAGGGGGCACGAGAUGGACACGCUGUUCACUAGCACCUCAAACUCCGCACGCUAAUGCAGCGUAGCGAACGUAGACUCAACACGCAGGUGGUUCGAACCCCAUUCAGGACUCUCCAGGCUCUCCUUUAAACACGCACCUCGGUUGGCCUGACGCCCGCCCUCUCAGCCCAUGUGCGUCAACGCCCAGGUCAACAGCCGACGAACCGAAGCCAAAGACCAAAGCAAUCGGGAGUGCAAGCGGUGUAGACAAUUUGCCUUAGAAAGUGACUUGAAUGUACAAAAAGAUACUCGAUGCACUUCUCUUUUUAAACGCGAGACAGCCAGCUUAGGAACCAUCUGUGUAGGAUUCUAGUUGCACCGGUCCCAACGGUGGUGCCAGGGGAGGCCUAGACAGCAUCCGAUCGGUCCAGCGGCGCAGGGCCGGGUGUUCCGGAUCUUCCCCGAACGCCAAGCUGGGGCCCGGCGGCGAUGGCGACGGCCUCGUGGCCGAGGAGAAGGUCUCCAGAAGCUCCUCGUGGUAACUUACUCACCUUUCUUUGUCUCACGCUGGGCUUCGGCCCGUUCGCUUCAGCGGGAGUGCGGAACACAGAUGUACAGAAACCAUUUUUUUUAGCUCUGCGUGAACUUUUACUAGACGAACUUUUACACAGAUGUUUUCGUUUACAGGAAAAUGCCAAGAAAAAUUUCAGGUGAUGGUGGUGGGUUUUUUUCCUUUCUUUCUUUUUAAAGUCUUUUUGUAAGGACAAACAAAACUAGAGUAAUGCCGUGUGAAGUUCCGGUGAGAAUGAAACCUGUGCUGUUGCGGUAAUGUAUUUAUUGAGCGUGCUUAACUAAAUGCCAGGAGUCCCGGGUCUCGGCCCCCGGCCCUCCCUGAAAUCCGAGAGUCCGUGAGGGGCGUGGUGGACUCCCCCAAAUCUCCCUGAAGCAGAAGGGGAAAAGAUCGGCUCGAAACGUCCAUGCAGGUUUUGUUUUUGGGUCAGUUGUCGUCUUCCUCUGGAGAGAAUAAUGAAUUUACAACCAGGAGCAGUCAUGACCCCCCACCCCCCCCCCACCCCCCAACACACUCUUUCUACGGCCCACAAUGUGAGCUGGAGACAAGCUCGCUGACCCCGGGGUUGGGGUAGGUGGGCAGGUGUCUGCCGUCUUGUUUCUGGGGACGUUUGCAGGUGGGUGACCCCCAAAUCUGAAGGCUAGUUCAUCCACAGGGAGACUGGGCUCCUCUCCCUUCUCCCCCCUCCCUCCAUCCCCGGCAUCUCCUGGAGGAGACUUGAAGGCCCGUCCAUUCCGUAGUGAAUGCCGACCUCAGUUGAUUCCCUGUGUUUGUUAUUUAUUUCCAAAUUAACAUUGUUAGUUUUUGUUUGACGAGGGCCUCUUUGCACUGCUGAUUUUUAUGAGGGUUUUAAAAAAAUGUACUUUUUCAGAGUCCUUCCGAGGGGGUCUGGGUAGGUCACUUAAUGCUGUGAAUUAAGUUUUUGGAAUGUUCUACCACUUGUUUUUGAUUUUACAAGGGUUAUUGUGUUAGAUGACGCUAGUGCUGCCGCUUUUAUUUAUUAUUCUUAGUCCUUAAAGUGAUUCGGAGAGAUUUAUGGUACAAAAAGGCUCGGCCACCCCCACGGAGGACAAGCGACCUGUGGGAGAUGACUAGUGCAGUUGGCCGUGCUCUUAUUCAUAUUCAUUUGCUUAGAAUUUCGUCCGGUGACCGAUGCUGUCUCGUGUUGGGGGGUUGAACUGAGGCUGCACAGUCAGAGCUGCGCUUCUACUUCCCCAUAGCACAGCUCACUCGCUCUCCCUCAGUGGGGGAAGAGGAUGGGGCAGUGACCUGAAAUUUUUCCUACCCAAAGUGGACCCCAGGGAGAAUCUGCCUGUGGCAGGUCGGAGGGCGGGAGAUGAGCCGAAGUCCAGGGCGGAGACUGUUUCCUUCCCCUAGUAAUUCUGCCAUAGCUCAAAUCUUGGGUAUUUUUUUGCUGCUACGGAAUUUGAAGCCUCCCCAAGCCGGCACUGUGCCCAUCCAGCCCGUGUACAGGUGAGGUGAGCAGCAGUGAGGACCAGCGUGGGCUGACCUUGAUAACUGUGGGGAGGCCUCACUAGUGGAGAGAACGCCUCCGUGAAAUCGUGGGCUUUUUCCACGAUUCCAUGCAUGACCCUUUGGUGGGG